AUGGCCGUUUUAUUUUGUCAGGCUUGUUAUCAUGCUAAGGUUUGUGUUCAUAACGCUGUGGAGAAAUGUGGUAUUGAUUCUAAAGGAAAAUUGCGCAGGUUCAUCGACUCCUGUGAUAUAAAAGAAUAUAACUGUCUAAAAGGAACUGAUUUUGAGAAGACACUUUUUGAGAAAUGCGCAUCACUACCUUCACCUAAAGAAGAUAGAAAGAAACAGGACAAAAUGAAAACAAAAGAUAACGAAGAGGUUGAUAGUCAAAGUGAAGAAAGCUCUGAAACAACAACAAAGAAAUCAGUUGGGAGCAAAAAUCAAAAUAAUAAUUCAAAGAAGAAGAAAGUUAAAGCAGAUAAAAAAGAAGAAAAUUUGAAAGUAGAAAAGGAAGACUCGGCAAUCACUGAUCAAGAAGAAGGAUCUGUGCCACAAGUUAAUCCAGAUCAAGCAAAUGGCGUUUCAGGAGAAAACGUUGAGAAAGUAAAAAGAGGACCUGAAAGAAAUAAUAAAAAUAAAAAUGUUUCGAAAUCUCAAUCGAAUGUAGAAAAUGAUGGUACUGACUCUGAAGGAAACGUCAAAGAUAACGAUAAUUCACAAAAUAAUGAUAAUGACAACAACGAGCAUGACGAAGAAGUACAUGAAGAUAAUAAAAAGGAUUAA